AUGGAGUUUCUGGAAAAUUGUGUGAGACGAGUAUUAACGGCGAAUCUCUGGAACGAGCUGCCGUUUGGGACGUUUCAUCUGGAUUCUUCUCCCUCUCGAAGACAAUACGGAAUUAGAUUCCAAUAUACACUGUCAAAGCUGAAGCAUUUUGAACCAAGACAUGUGUCACCACCAAUUAUAAAGAAAUGUGACUGGGAAACUGAACACGCUGAUCUGGAUUUCUUCAAAGCUGCCAUGAUCGGAAAGGGUUCCUUUGGUGAGAUUGUGAAGCUUAUUGGAGCGAAACACUACUAG